AUGUUUGAUCCAGAGUCAGAGAAUGUGAAAGCGGUAGAUUGGGACGAAACGGAUAUGGAAAAUGAGAAUAUUGAGGCUGAAGAUGGGAGACUGAAUAAUGAAGCUGCAGAUGUGGAAGUGAGACAUCUCACGAAAAUAUACGGAUUGAACCGAGCCGUUGAUGCGCUCUCGUUCACUGCAUAUCGCGGAAAUGUAACAGUACUUCUUGGCCAUAACGGAGCCGGUAAAAGUACAACAUUUUCGAUAUUGACCGGAUUGACGAAUCCAUCGGCUGGAUCAAUCCGGAUCUGCGGUACUGAUCUGAAUCCGACCACGCUGCGACUCUGCCAAAAGAAUAUCGGAUUCUGUCCGCAGUACAACCCGUUAUUUAAACUGCUGACCGUACGAGAACAUCUGCAGUUGAUAAGGAAACUGAAGAAUAAUUCGGACGAUUGCGUUGAUGAGCUGAUUGAUGAAUUGCAGUUGCACGAUAAAGCCGAUAUCGUGAGUUGUUUCAUUUCUUACACCGUUUGA